AACCAAAAGACACCAGGCCUCCCUUUUUCAUUUGGCCCAUAUAACUCCUCCUCUGUUCAGGAAGUCCACCAUGACCUGACCUACCAUACCAAACCACUGCUCUACCCAACCCUAUCUACUCCAUCUCUGCACAGCCUUCUCUCCUUCCUCCCCCAACAGACUAGACAACACCUUUCGUGGGCCUUUGGUAUGGUACGGCAUAGUGUGGCAGUCACCUCUUUGCACAGCAGUCUCUGGGGCCAGGCACAGUAUUUUUCAUGUCCUUGUGGUUUGGCUGACAUCCCAGUGAAGGGCCUAUGUCUAAGGGAUGGGUGACCUAGCCUCCUGCAACUGUGACACAUUCCCUUACUCUUCCAGUCAGAUUCUCCCCGACGUCAUGCCUUCCUCAGGCAGCACUCUUAUCUACACACCUUGCCAAUUGCCCACCAGGGGCUAGCUGUGGCCCCCACAUAACCUCACAGUGGCAUAAGUACCCAGCUUGGUACAGAUGACUUCUGGAUCAUGUCGUCAGGCAGCUCUGUGUCCACUUCACAUAUGGACAACAAACUAGAGACAUUUAAUGACAGCAAGUUCAAGAUAACAUGACUGAUAAACAUGAGAGAAAGAAUUUAAACCUAAGCCGUUUGGCUCUCCCCAAGGCUUUGCCUUUGGUUUUAUGGCCCCUUUCCCAGCCAUAUUCACAAGAAAGCAGGAAGAUCUGCAUUUGAUGGAGUUAUUGCUGACUCUAAAAGUUAACGUUCAACCCUGGACAGUGGCUUUUCCUUGCACGAGAGCUUCCUUCUCUAACCAGCUCUCAGGGCUGCACAUUUCCAAAUCCCUGCAACAAGUCAUCUAAUCCUCCUGACUUCUUGAAGAGCUGGUUUAUUAUCCUGUUGGGAGGAGACUUCUAGGGCUGGGAUGCCUUGCCUGUGGGGGAACGCCUCUCUCUGUCACUAUAAAUGUCUUCAGAGGCCAAAGAGAGGCCUCCUGUGUCAUCGCUCCCUCCCUAGCUGUGAGACUCCAGCUACUUCACGAUGAGACUUCUAGCCCUUUCCAGUCUGCUCUGCGUGCUGCUCCUCUGCUUCUCCAUUCUCUCCUCAGAAGGGAAAAGGCAUCCUGCCAAGAUUUCAAAAUCUUGCUGUAACCUGGUUCCUAGAUCCAGACUGACAACCCAGAAAGGAAACCACCUGAGGCACUGCAAACCAUGCAAAAGCAAGCCACCAUUCAAGUCAUGGGUGGUGCCUGGCGCUCUCCCACAGGUAUAGAGCUCCUGAAGCCCGGCUCCACCCAGAUGAGACCUUCAUGCCCAGCUGUGGAGACACCAGAAGCCUUGACUUGCCCCCUGCCAACUUUCAUGGUGGCAGUGAGCUGUGAUAGUGAGCUGGGAGACUUUACUUCAGACAUCCAGGAACAUUCCAAAAUUCCUAGACCUGGUUCCAACGGUGCCACCAACCUUCAGAGUCACUGUGAAGCCCACAUGUCUUCAUGGCUCCACGAGAGUGAAAGUCAAAGAUUCCUCCUGUGGGAGCUACAAUGCCAGAGAUUUCCAAGCUGGCCAGAGUGCAGAAUAGCAAGACCUCAGUGCGAUCAGCCAGGACUACAGUACCACGGGCAGCCACAGACAGCCUCAAAUUCCUAGCCUUUAACCAAUGGUCUCUGAACCGACUCCUGUAACUUCCUAAUUACGUCACCAGGAGAGCACCCAAAAUAAUAAAUAAUAAAUUGGCUAUACAUGGAA